AUGUUUGAUGAAAUUUUAUUUUAAUAAACAAGAGCUCCUACUUAUCAAUAUGAUAUAUAAGAAUAAGAUAAGCUUGGACAAUUAUUAUAUCGGGAAUUUAAUUAAGGUUAUAAAUUGUACUUGGAUGAGUCAUAGAUUAAUGAUGUUACAAAUACUUUUGAGGAAUAUAUUAAGGUGAAUGUGGAUAAUCAAAUAAUGGGUGUAAAAGAAAUAAAAUAAAAUUUUAAAACUUUAACAAUAUCAAAAUAGAAUGCAAAUAAGAAACAUUAAACAUUAGUUAUUAGAUCUAAUUAUGGAUUGAAGAUUGAAAGUUAAGAUUAAUAUAUAAGUGGUACAGUGUUUGAUUUUUAGGAAUGGAGUUGUAUAGUUGUAAUUAUGAUUACUCCUGAAAUGAAUUAUGAAUAUGUAACUCAUUUUAAUUCAACAGAGAAGUAAUAUUAUUCUUUUUAAUUUGAAAUGGGUUAAUCAAAUAAAUAUCUUAUUUUAAACUUAAAUAAAUGUCAUAUAUGUUUUUAUAAUGAAAAUCUAAUCAAAUAUGAAAAAGUUAAAUGUUUAUAAUAUUUAGAAUAUAUAAUUUAAUAAAUACAUUAUACAAAUUAUUCUUCAUAUCAUAGAAUUGAAUUUUAGAAUACAUUAAAUAAAUAAUAGUUUAUGGAUUAGUUUUUAUUAAAAUCAGAUGUAAUCAAAUGGAUUGCAUAAGAUUUUGAAUAUGAAGACAAUUAAAAUUAUUAAUUAUUUAAGUAAAUAAGAUAUAAAGAGGAUAUUACAUAUAAAGUUCCUGAGAUUUUUAUAGCUUUAGGGACAUUGUCUAAAUUAAAGUAUCUUUAUAUACAUAAUUAAUCAAUUGUUGGUGAAUGUUUAUUUGGACAAAUAGAAUUUGGUGAAUAGAUAUUAUUUAUUGAUAUAUCACCUAGUUAACAUUUUGUACAUAUUUAUGAAUGUGAUUCAGAACCAGUUUUCAAAUUACAAUCAUCAAUAUGGAGAUAUAGAAAACCUUUCAAUGAUUAUUAGAUUGAAUUAAUAUAUAAGGAUAAAAAAAAGCUUAUAAAUAAGAUAAAGUUGAAAGGUAAGGUUAUUAAAGGAAGAUAUAUAUAUGCAAAGAAAUAUUCAUUAUAUGUGAUAUUUCAUGGUAAAAUAAGAAUAUUGUAAAGUGAAAACUUAAUAAUUAAUAGAUUGAUAGGGGAAUAUUCAUAAAAAGAUGAAAUUGAAUUUGAGAGUGAAGAUGGAUAAUGUAUAAUUAAUUUUAUUUCAAUUUAAUAAGAUUAAGCAUAUAAAUACAAAUUUAAAUUUUUUGAUUGA